CCCAACUGGCAGGGACAGCUGCGGACAGGGGCCGGACCAGCUUUGUUCCCAGGGUGGCGCCCGCUCUCCAUCCAGGCCCUGCUCGGUUCCUGCCUGGCACUGCUCUCCUUCCUGGGGUUCGUGGGCAGCUGACCCUGGGGUCCCCACCAUGAAUGCCUAGAAGCCCAGAGCCACCAGGGUCUCUCCGUCCUCGAGCGGCACAGGGCUCUGGAAGGAUGGGGCAGGACCAGACGAAGCAGCAGAUCGAGAAGGGGCUCCAGCUGUACCAGGCUAACCAGACGGAGAAGGCACUGCACGUGUGGAUGAAGGUGCUGGAGAAGAGCGCGGACCUCGUGGGGCGCUUUCGCGUGCUGGGCUGUCUGGUCACUGCACACUCGGAGAUGGGCCGCUACAAGGAGAUGCUAAAGUUCGCUGUGGUGCAGAUCGACACUGCUCGGGAGCUGGAGGAUGCUGACUUCCUUCUGGAGAGCUACCUGAACCUGGCACGCAGCAACGAGAAGCUCUGUGAGUUCCACAAGACCAUCUCCUACUGCAAGACCUGCCUCGGCCUGCCCGGCACCAGGGCAGGCGCCCAGCUCGGAGGCCAGGUCAGCCUGAGCAUGGGCAAUGCCUUCCUGGGCCUCAGCCUCUUCCAGAAGGCCCUGGAGAGCUUCGAGAAGGCCCUGCGCUAUGCCCACAACAAUGAUGACGCCAUGCUCGAGUGCCGCGUCUGCUGCAGCCUGGGCAGCUUCUAUGCCCAGGUCAAGGACUAUGAGAAAGCCCUGUUCUUCCCCUGCAAGGCCGCAGAGCUCGUUAGCGACUAUGGGAAAGGCUGGAGCCUCAAGUACCGGGCCAUGAGCCAGUACCACAUGGCUGUGGCCUAUCGCCUGCUGGGCCACCUGGGCAGCGCCAUGGAGUGUUGUGAGGAAUCUAUGAAGAUUGCUCUGCAGCACGGGGACCGGCCACUGCAGGCCCUCUGCCUGCUCUGCUUUGCUGACAUCCACCGGAGCCGCGGGGACCUGGAGACAGCCUUCCCCAGGUACGACUCUGCCAUGAGCAUCAUGACGGAGAUUGGAAACCGCCUGGGGCAGGUGCAGGUGCUGCUGGGCGUGGCCAAAUGCUGGAUAGCCAGGAAGGCGCUGGACAAGGCUCUGGAUGCCAUCGAGAAAGCCCAGGACCUGGCCGAGGAAGUGGGGAACAAGCUGAGCCAGCUCAAGCUGCACUGCCUGAGCGAGAGCAUCUACCGCAGCAAGGGACUGCAGCGCGAGCUCCGCGCCCACGUCGUGCGCUUCCACGAGUGUGUGGAGGAGACCGAGCUCUACUGCGGCCUGUGUGGCGAGUCCAUAGGCGAGAGGAACAGCCGGCUGCAGGCCUUGCCAUGCUCCCACAUCUUCCACCUCAGGUGCCUGCAGAGCAACAGGACACGUAGCUGCCCCAACUGCCGCCGCUCAUCCAUGAAGCCUGGCUUUGUGUGA